AUGAGUUUAAUAGGUAUCCGAACGAUAAAAAUCGAAAGGCGGACAGCACCUCACGUGGAGUUGAAGAUAGUGAGAAACCAUAAAGAACGCCAUCUAUCCGAAUCAAAGAAAAACCAACAGAAUCUUAAAUUGAUACUGUUAAACUCAAACGCAAAUCCGAUCAGAAGUAAAGAUAGUCUCGGCUACGGCUGUGCCUUCUGUCACGAACAAUUUCCAGAACCGACUAACUUAAAAAAACAUUUCCUAGAUGAACACAAUAGUGAUAGGCUGAUUAAGUACAUGUCAGGGAAGCUGUUCGAUCAUGUUGUCAAGCUAGAUAUAACUUAUUUAAACUGCGCGCUUUGUAAUAGAGACAUAUCGAAAUUAGAAGAUCUGAUGUCCCAUCUGAAAUCGGAACAUGGAAAAGAAAUUUAUACUGACAUAAAAAGUUCUAUAGUACCUUUCAAGUUCGACACGCCAGAACUGAGAUGUGCCGUAUGCUCAGCGGAGUAUCUAAAUUUUAAACUUCUGCAAGAACAUAUGAACUCUCAUUUUGGUAACCAUAUUUGCCCGAUCUGCGGGGGCGGUUACAUGACAGAACGUCUACUAGGAACGCACAUUAGAAGACAUAAAAAUGGCGAAUUCAAAUGCGACGAAUGCGAAAAAGUCUUCGGUAAUAAAGAGAAGCUAAAGGAGCAUCAAAAAAGGACGCAUCUGGGUUUAGGUAAACGGAAUAAAUGCUUGGUAUGCAAUGAAAGGUUUCUAGAUUAUUGGAAGAAAGUCGAUCAUAUGGUUAAGGUGCACGGCGCUCCUCCAGUGGUGUUAAAGUGUCACGCAUGCGAUCGAACUUUCAGGAAUCAGAGGGCAUUGGCAAGACACACGAAAAAGGAUCAUCUUCUGGAAAGGAAGCACAAAUGUGAGGAGUGCGAAAUGAAAUUUUUUAGCAAAAGUAACUUGCAGCGGCAUAUGGCGAAACACACUGGUUUACGACAGUUUCGAUGCGAUAUAUGUUUCAAAGCGUACGGACGGAAGAACACACUGAGGGAACAUAUGAGAAUACACGCGGAUGACCGCCGGUUUGCCUGCGUGCACUGUGGACAGGCGUUCGUCCAGAAGUGCAGUUGGAGAAGUCAUAUGCGGUCAAAACAUGGAGAAGAAGUUUGACUUAUUGUUAUAGCAUUAUAUUUACUAGCUGACGCAGCAAACGUUGUUUUGCUAUACAUCUUAUUAACCGCCCCCGUUGUAACUUGGGGGUAUGAAAAAUAGAUGUUGGCCGAUUCUCAGACUUACCCGAUAUACACAUAAAACUUCAUAAAAAUCGGUCCAGCCGUUUCGGAGGAGUAUGGUAACUAAUAUUGUGACACGAGAAUUUUAUAUAUAAGAUUUGGGUGAGAUAAUAAACGCGUUUUUAUCA